AUGAGGCCAGGAGGUCACGUGAGUGGUGGCGGCGGUCUUCCCAACGACUUCCAUCAGUCAUAUUUGGAAGUGUGUCCUCUGGGUCAAUUUCCAUGUGGAAACCUGUCAGUGUGUUUAGCACAACCAAAACACUGCAACGGCCAACAGGACUGUCCAAAUGGAGCUGACGAGGAGAACUGUGUGGAUAACAGCGGUUGGCCACACCUGUUUGAUGCCUUCAUGAAGACCAGAGCUCAGGAACCGAAAGAGUGCAUGUUGGAUGUGUACCCCGAUGUGUGUUAUUGUGAAGGUUGGAAGGUGAACUGCAACAAGAAAAACCUUCACUAUGUUCCACUGGUGUCUUCUAAUGUCACCGCACUAGAGCUGAACAGUAAUGACCUUGUAUCUCUCCAUCCUGAUCUGUUCCUCCGCUACAGAUACCUGGAGAGACUACAUUUGGAGAAUAACAGCAUUGAGACGAUCUCUAAGAGAGCUUUCUCCGGCCUCUUCUCCCUGCGAAAACUAUUUCUGAGUCAGAACAGGAUCUCGUCUCUGAAAGCAGGACUCUUCACUGACCUUGGCAGUCUUGAGUGGCUGAUCUUGGAUGAAAACAGAAUUACUUUGUUACGUCAGAAGUCUUUUGAAGGCCUCAAGUCUUUAUUCUUUCUCUCUCUGCUGAAUAACUCUGUGGAACAGUUACCCAAAACAUCUCUCUGCCUCGAGAUGCCCCGCCUCAACUGGCUGGAGCUGGAAGGUAACAGAAUUUCAUCUUUGUGGUUGUCCAGUUUUAAGAAUUGCGCAUCUCUGACAGUCCUGGCAUUAAGGAGAAACCGCAUCAGCACUAUCGAAGACGGAACAUUCUCAAGCAUGCAUCAACUCAUAGACCUCGAUCUGUCCGUCAAUCAGAUUCUGGAUCUUCCUCCAUCUCUGUUCCACCAUCUGCAGAACGUCAGACAGCUGAAUAUCUCCAACAACCCCCUGACGCAUGUGUACGAAGACCAGUUUGACAGCUUCAUCAAUCUUCAGUCUCUGAGUAUGGAGGAAGUGGAGAUUCCCAACAUCAGCAUCCGAAUGUUCCGCUUCCUCAGCAACCUCUCUCACAUCUACUUUAAACGUUUCGAGUACUGCACCUAUUCCCCGAACGUACGCAGCUGCAAGCCGAACACGGACGGCAUCUCGUCCUUCGAGAACCUGCUGGCCAACAUCAUCCUGCGCGUGUUCGUUUGGGUCGUGGCCUUCGUUAUCUGUUUCGGGAACGUGUUUGUGAUCUGUCUCCGUUCCUGCGUCGCUUCAGAGAACGAGCAUCACACGAUGGCCAUCAAAUCUCUCUGCUGUGCAGACUGUCUGAUGGGCGUGUACCUUUUCUUCAUCGGUGCCUUUGACGUGAAAUACUGCGGGGAGUAUAAUCGCCACGCCCACAUCUGGAUGGAGAGUCUGUCCUGUCAGCUGAUUGGCUCCCUGGCUCUGCUCUCCACAGAGGUGUCGGUGAUGAUGCUGACGUACAUGACAUUGGAGAAGUACGUGUGCAUCGUGUUCCCGUUCCAUCAUUACCGCGCUGGACGCAAGCGCACGCUCUGCUCGCUCACGUCCAUCUGGGCUCUUGGCUUCGUCCUGGCGCUCACCCCAUUCUGCGACAGGCACACGUUCGGGAACUUCUACGGCCGCAACGGUGUGUGUUUUCCGCUGCACUCGGACCAGGCGGAGAAGCCGGGGGCACGCUGCUACUCCACGGGCAUCUUCCUGGGUCUGAACCUGUUUGCGUUCAUCCUGAUCGUCUUCUCCUACUCCAGCAUGUUCUACUCCAUCCAGAAAACGGCCAAGUCCGCCAGACAGAUGACCUUUGACCUUGAAGUUUCCGUCGCUAAGCGCUUCUUCUUCAUCGUCUUCACCGAUGCCAUGUGCUGGAUCCCCAUCUUCCUGCUCAAGAUCCUCUCUCUCCUGCAAGUGCAGAUCACUGGAACACUCAUCCUGUGGGUGGUGAUCUUCAUUCUGCCUAUCAACAGCGCCCUGAACCCGAUCCUCUACACCAUCACCACCAGCGCAUUCCAGGAGCGCCUCCGAGUGUGUGUGCACUUCCGCUGCAUGGACAACCACUGACCACACACACACACACACACACACACACACACACACAGUCUCUGAGC